AUGGCUACGAUUCAGGCAUCACGCUUACGCGUACCAGUUGUCGAUGCUGCACAAGGUGCUACUAACCCAGAAUUCUUUGAACAUCAAUCGCCGCCACUGAAUGAACACGAGAGGAAAAUUUGCAACAGUCAGAAAGUUCGAAGCUCGGCGUAUACAUCUUUCAGCUGCUUCGGCCUCUACUUCACCUUCAUCACAGGCGCUCUCAUCACCGUCAUAUCCUACAUUCUAGAGCCGAUUCUCAACUGCCUUCACCGACGCCGACAGCACAAUUCAUACGCACACCUCGAGUGGAUCAGCAACAACAGCCUGCAGCUGCACCGUAUGGCACACGAGCAGCUCAUGGGCCAGAAGUGGGACAGGUGCGCGGAUGACAUCCCAACCACAGACCCAGAUGUCUUCUUGGCAAAUCUAGAUAUCUCGGACCCGGAACACCCGAUUCUUUGCAAGCCGGGGCCACUAAAGGUGACGACUGAAGCUUUCGACACUAGUGACGCCCCGGAAGAUUCCUCGUCUCCGGAUGGCGGAUCUGUCCGCUCGGACAGCGCAGCUGACCUGGAUAGACCCGUAUCGGCGUCUUCGAGGACGUCCGUAUCUGAUUCGUCUUGGACACUUGAUGUGCGAAUGACGUUGAUGAAUGUGAGCGGGCAGCUAAGCCUUCAGGGAAGCGAGCAGGACGAUGUUGGCGGAGACGGUGAGGAUGCCGAGGGAGACACGGUGGAUGUAUGUGAUGUGGCGAGUUCGAUGGCUGGCGGGAACAGGUGAUACAUACACUAAGGAAGAGUUUCGGCCACUGACACAGCGUCUUAAUGAUUCUAAUUGCUUUGUGUUUUACUUGGG